GCCAAGACUAUCAACAUGACUCUCUGCAGCCUAUGCAAGACCAUUCCCCCCAAGUUCUUUAGCUCAGCUCGAAAUGACCAAUGCACUGUCGAACAUCACCCGAACCUUGUCGCUCUUGAGAAGUCGGUAGAAGCAGGAUGUCGCAUGUGCGCGAUCGUUUAUAAUGCGAUACAACGUCGCGUCAAGGACGGCAAGAUUUACAGUACAAUGGAUGGGAAGCCUGUUGAUUUGUCCCAGCAGAUCAACUUGAGGAGCACCAAGUUUGGCGCGCAGUCAGUAUGUCUGGGUUGGGCUGACGUGGGGAGUAUGCGAGGCAUAGAGGUCCCGCACGAUUGGGACGAUGUCGCUGUAUACGACUGCAAGCCAGAGUUGGGAAUGGCAUCGGACCUUAAGUACCAGAGUGACACAGUCAGGUGGUGGCUGGAGAACUGCUGGGGAAAGCAUGCCGAGUGUCGGAAGAACCACGAUGCCUCAUAUCUUCCGACCCGCUUGAUCGACGUCGAAUCCUCUGAUCCUAACCUCGUCCGAUUGGUAGUCACUGCUCAAGAGCCCAUCGACGAUCCACGCUAUAUCGCUUCCAGCCAUUGUUGGGGUCUCAACAUGCCAGAAUCAGCCAAGACGGUCACCUCCAACUUCAACAAGCAUACUGAGAGCAUCCCGUUAUCAGACCUGUCCCGAACAUUUAUCGACUUCAUAAGGAUAAGCAGAGAUAUUGGCGUCCGAUAUGUCUGGAUUGACUCGCUAUGCAUCAUCCAGGACUCCUAUGAGGAUUGGACCGUCGAGGCGGCACAGAUGGCGGCUGUGUACUCCAAUGCCUAUGUUACCGUGGCUGCGUCAAGUUCAUCUGACGGCACUGGUGGAUGCCGAAAAGGAGAUGCGUCAGAUUCGUUCUUUGGGCCUGCCGACUUGAAGUGGGAUGAAGAAGAUGAGUCUGGAAACAGAAAGACUCGUACAAUCCGUGUCUUUGCUAAGCCCGAGGGCCAUGCAGUUACCAGUCUCUCGCAAGAUCCUCUGGUCUCAAGAGGAUGGACACUCCAAGAGCGUGAGCUAUCACCUAGAGUGGUGCACUACUCAAAGGACACAAUCCGAUGGGAGUGUGCGUGUCAAAAGGCAACCCUCGAAUUUCCCUGGAGUGACAGCCUCUCGUUCAACAACGCGCUCAGGGCGUUUGACCAGGGCCAACUUCAACCUCAAGGCACUGAGGGAUGGUAUUCAGAUGAGGCUGUGAGGAAGAAUAGCUUUGUGUGGUUCGAAGUCGUGGAGCGAUAUACGAAACGAUCACUCACGAAGCAGACGGAUAUCUUACCAGCGGUUUCUGGAAUCGCGCGAUACUUUUCUAAAGAAAUUGGGGACAAGUAUCAUGCUGGCCUCUUUGAGUCUCAUGGUGUUAUCGCAUUAAUCUGGAGGAUCGCAGGCAAAUCCAAGGAUAAGAGGAGUCGACACUCCGAGUAUCUCGCCCCAACUUGGUCUUGGGCUUCAGUGAAGGGUCCGGCCGAGUGGUGGUGGACGCUCAAGCAACACAAACCAGAGCCCGUCGACCACACAUUCACGCCGCAGAUUCUCGAGAUGAGCACAGUACCUGCGGGAGAUGACCCUUUUAGUAUUCUCAAAGGCGGCACACUGAGGCUAAAGGGUCUCCUCGUGCCUGUUGGCGCCAUGUGGCGAGAACAAGACAGGCUUGAGCAUGACCAGCGGUCAAUCAUUGCCAUUCAAGCAGAUGGACAAAUGACAAAAGUCGGAACCAUAACUUUUGACAUUCCUGAGGAGGCUUGCCAAGUAUUGUUCUGCUUUGCCUGUCGCAGGGAGAGCCAGUUUGGCUGGAUCGACGCCCUGGGACUGACUCAGACGGGACAGGGAACGUUGCAGUUUAAGCGUGUGGGACUGGUUCGGUCGAAAGAGAAGUCUUGGUGGGAGAAGGCGGUCACGGCAGAGAUUAGUAUUAUAUAG